AUGGAAAUAUUACCUAAUGAAAUUCUUCUUCAUAUAUUUUCUUAUCUUGAAUGGUUCGAUAUGUUAACAUCUUUCUGGUCAUUAAAUAUUCGCUUCAAUUCUCUUGUAUGUUCAAUUUUUUCGAUAAAUGACAAUAGAUUGAACAGUGGUCUGCUUAUUACGCAUGGUUUAUCUUAUAAUAAAUGUUGUUCAAUAUUAUUUCCAUUGAUUUUAAAUUCAUCACCUCUUUCUUCUUCUAUUCAACGUAUUCAUUUUGAUGGAUCAAAUUCAAUUGCUUCUGAUCUUUGUUAUGAAUGGUUAUUUAAUGAUAAAAAAUUACUUCAUUUUCCAAAUCUUAAAUCACUUGUUCUUGGUCAAUGUGGAUCAAUUAAACCAAUAGUUCAAAGUUUAUCUUAUCUUGUUCAACAUCAAUUAGAUGAACUUACAUUAACAUUUAAUAAGCAUAUACCAAAACUACGAUGUUUUAGUUUAAAAACUUUCAUUAACAAUGAUUCGAAUAUUAUUUAUUUGAAAUGGCUUCUUAAUAAUAUAAACUAUGUUGAGAAACUUCAACUUCAACUUAGAAGUGAUAAACUAAUUGAAACAAGCCGUCAAAAUAUAUUAAAAUCUUUUAUUGAUGCAAGUUUUAUUCGCCAAUAUUGUUUACCUGAUACAAUAUCUAAUUUAAUUUAUUUUGAUUUUUAUAUUUGUUCAGAAUGUCAAUUAUCAUUUAAUGAUGUAGAAAAAAUAACAAAUUCAUUUAAAAUUCAUUCUUUUUUUAUCGAUCAUCAAUGGACAAAUGUUAAAUGUUUAUUUGAUCCAAUAAUGUCGUCUCAACAUCUUUUCUCUUCUUUCAAUAAUACAUCUCAAAUUUCCGAUAAUUUUAUUGAUUAUUCAUAUAUUUUUAAUUGGCCCCGUACUGGUGACAUUUGGUUUAAAAUGUAUCCAUCACUUUAUUUUUUUCUCGAACAAUUCACUGAAUUAUCACCUAAUAUUUCUUGUGUCAAAAUACCUGACGAUCUAAGAAUGAACGCAUUAAAUACUGUUCGAUAUGCUGAAUUUCGUCUUCCGAGUUGUCAUAUAGGUAGAAGCGACGUAAUACAUAUUGGCAAACACCUUGUGCCUUUUCUUAGCACAUAUAUGCCUCAUUUACAAACAUUACGUCUUUGGCGAUCAGAUGAUUUUCCUUGGACAACUAUUCGACCAGAUUAUAAAGAAAGAAGAUAUUAUGAAGCUUCAGUUCUACAAUGGCGGAAAAAAGAACCAUCAAAAAUUCCAUGGAGUCAACUCGGUGUUGAAUAUGUUCUUGAAUCAACCGGUGUAUUUACAACAGUUGACAAAUGUAAACCACAUUUAGAAACCGGUGCAAAAAAAGUUAUAAUCACAGCAUCAUCAACUGAUGCUCCAAUAUUUGUUAUGGGAGUUAAUGAAGAUAAAUAUACAGGAAAAGAAACAAUUAUUUCAAAUGCAUCAUGUAAAACAAAUUGUUUAGCACCACUUGCUAAAGUUGUUCAUGAAAAGUUUGGUAUUAUUGAAGCUUUAAUAAUAACUGUACAUUCGUACACUGCUACAGAGAAAAUUGUUGAUGGAUCAUCAAAUAAAGAUUGGCAAGGUAAAGAUGGAGAUGUACAAUAUAUAAUUUCAUCAUCACCUGGAGCAGCUAACGAUGUCGGAAAACUUAUUCCUGAUUUAAAUGGAAAAUUAACUGGUAUAGCUUUUCGUGUUCCAACACCAAAUGUUUCAGUUGUUUAUCUUACUGCUCGAUUAAGCAAUGGCGUCAAGUAUGAGGAAAUUUGUGCUGCAAUUAAAGAAGCUACUUAUGGUCCAUUAAAAAAUAUUUUGUCUUAUACUGAUGAUGAAGUUGUUUCAACAGAUUUUAUUGGUGAUAUACAUUCAUUAAUUUUUCAUGUUAAAGCUGGUAUUUCAUUUAAUGAUAAUUCUGUCAAACCUAUUGUGUGGUGUGACAAUGAAUAUGGCUAUUCAAACCGUAUUGUUGAUCUAAUCAAAUACAUUACUAAGAAAGAUUUACAACAAUCAAUUUAA